AACUGAAAUAAGUAAUAAGUAAUCAUUACCGACAUAGCCGCCUGUGAAACAAAUGAAUAACAAUUGAAAAAGACGCUUCCACCAUUUUGCCAAAUUUGGUUGUUGGUUUGUUGAUUGUUAAGUGUCGUAAUAAAAUGGAAAUUUGUGGCGCUCCUUUGAACAGAACAGGGCUCCAGAGAGUGGCUUUGAAGGACAUGGAGCCCGACAUGGACAACAUUUUAAUAGUGGCGAUAAUUAUCGGCAAGCAGAGACCGCGAAAAUUUCUCGAUAAAACCAAAGAAACGGAGCAAUACAAAGCGGUUUGGACGUUUACUGUACGAGAUUCGCCACGAGAUUACAUCAAUGUGACCUACUGGGGCUCCAGUGACGAUGUUUGUACUGCUAGUGAUAAGUACUACACUGGGGAUGUUGUUGAAAUACGAAACCCGCGAAUCAAUGUCCGAAAAUUUAACGAGACCGGUGAGCAGUUUUGUCCCAUUGUGAGUUCCCCCUACUCCCUCACUUUGAAUGAACAUUCGACUAUUUUUCCCUUCAAUGGAGAUACUUCAUUCCUGACGAAGUUGUUAAAUUUCCCCACGAAACCUCUGACUGCGUUUGUUCCUCUCCGUGAUAUUCGCAAUGAAGGGGCUAACUUGAAAGAGCGCUUUGUUGAUAUUCUGGGAGCUAUAAGGAGCGUGGGAAACGUGCGCACGAUCACUACGAAAAGGGGGCAACAAAUGCAACUGCGAGAAAUUGUCAUUUUCGAUCACACCAGUUCUGGGUUAAAAAUAUCAAUUUGGGACCCAGAUAUUAUAACGAGAGCGAGUAUGUGGAAGCCGCGCGAAACCAUUCUCUUUAUAACUGACGCAAAAGUAGAAUGGUCAAUGUUUUUGAAAACUUACUGUGCUGCAGUCACUGGUCGUUCAAUUAUUACGGAAAAUCCACUAGGACAAGAAGCUGCAACUUUGGCCAAUUACGCCAAAAGCGCUCCUUUGACAACGGCGGAUAUUAUGGAUCAGUUUAUCACAGAAUUACCGGAUCCUGAAUCGAUCCAGAACGUGAUGUGUGUGCAACAAGUUUUUGCCAAAAUUCGUAAUUUGCAAGAAAAUGCAGUAUCAGACUCGCAGCUAACAGCUCUCAUGUUUGUUUUCAUAACUCAGUUAGAUUUAGACGGUCUUUCACCCGUAACACGAACCAAGUGUGCUUAUUGUAAAAGUUUUCUCGCAAAUGAAAAGUCCAUUUGUGAAAACAGCGAAUGCUCCACAUUUUUAGGUAAAACCCCUAACAAUGUUGAAGUCUCCUUUAAUAUUAACGUUCAUUUAUCUGAUCAUACUGGGACUCUAAAAAACUGUCGUUUAACGGGUACCUCCGCUGAGCAAGUAUUGAACUGCUCAGUUCAGCGUUUUGUUAAAAUGACCGACAGUCAAAAGUGCGAAUUAAAAUGGAAAUUUUUAUUGGAACGUUGUGCUGUUCGUAUUUUAGCGGUAAUGUCCAGUAGAUUAAAUCCUCGCAUUGUAAUCAUAAGUUGCUCGCAAGCAAAUGCGCUAGAAUCAGCACAAAGAAUACCGAUUUGUUAAUUUAAGUUUAAUAAAAAAGCGAAUAACUUGCACAA